AUGCUGUCAGCAAUGUUCCCCGGAGCUACACCACAACAACUCUCCGGCCUAGCAGAUUUAACUAAACUCAACCGUACGCCUGUACCUCCUCCCCAACGGAUGGGAUCCGGUAGGCAACCAAGUACUCCCAGUGCUUUGCCGACUUCUCAACCUCAGACUGCAUCGGCUUCGGCCCCAGCAGCUGCAGCCCAGGCCGCAGCUCCAGGAAUGUUCUCACCGGCUAUGGUUGAUAUGUUACGAAUGAAUGCCGCCCAUGCGACGGGUUCUCCGGGUUUCUUGCGAGGACGGGGACGAGGACGACCGAAAUUGAUUGGUGAUGAGUUAGACGCGGAUCUGGUGGAUUACAUGGUGACUGUGAAGCAAGCCGAUCCCCACGGUCAUCUUACAGCUUCUCAAGCGCUUAUCAUCGCUAAGCAGUACAUUCUUGAAAAGGCACCGGGCUUGCUGGAGGAACAUGGUGGUCAUGUGAAACUGAAAUUGACGUGGGCAAUGAAGUUGGUAUCAAGAAUAGCUGAGAGACAAAAGGAAAUUGAACUAGGAUUACCAGCCGGUAGCCUAUCUAAUAUGGGACGACAUCAGCUGAAUAGCCUGAACAACUCGUUGACGGGUGGUGGAUUUAUGGCCGACAUGAUGACGCAAAACAUUCUUAGUCAUCACAUGAUGAUGAACAUGAACUCCCAGAUCAAACAGGAAAUCCCAUCAGAAGAGCCGAAAGAAGAUAUGCAACCGACUGUGAGUAUCCAGGAGAAGGCGAAUCCCGGGGAUUAA